AUGCCAGCCUUCCCUCCUGCCAGUGGAAAAGCACCCUGUGAGAAGAGGAGAGCGGAGGGAGAGGAGGGAGAGGAAGGCAGAGGUGGGGUCCUGACAAUAAAAGGCCUCUCUGUCCAGGUUUUGGACGUGCGCCAGGCAGUGCUGGCAGAGACGUGUCACGCCAGUCUCUCUCUCUCUCUCUCUCUCUCUCUCUCUCUCACUCUCUCACUCUCAGUCUCUGGGCAGAGCACUAUCAGAUGGUGCACCAUCUCAGAGCAGGAGCAGAAGAAAUGCCAGGACAUGUCUAAGGCUCUGUCUGCGGUCUCCAUCCGUCCGUCUCUCAGCUGCGUCAACUCAGUCAACGUUGAGGCUUGUGUUGAGAGGCUGCAGAGGAAUGAAGCAGACGCCUUGUCCAUGUUCAGCAGCGACAUCUAUGCGCAGGGGAAGACCGCUUCCUUCAAGAUGGCAGCUGGGGAGUCAAACGCUGAGGGUCUAGGAACCACCUACUAUGCAGUCGCUGUGGUGAAGAAGUCGAAACCCAACAUCAACAUCAACAACCUGGCCGGGAGAAACAGCUGCCACACAGGGAAAGGCAGAACAGCCGGCUGGAACAUGCCUCUGGGAUACUUCAUCGACCAGGGUUUCAUGUCUGUCAUGGGCUGCGACAUCCCAAGAGGUGUGGCAGAUUUCUUCAAGGCGAGCUGCAUUCCUGGAGCCCAGGAUGACCCCCCCUCUCUGUGUGAGCUGUGCCACGGAAACGACAAUGGAACUCACAAAUGUGAAAAGAGCGCCAACGAGAGAUAUUUCGCCUACGAGGGAGCUUUCAGGUGUCUGGUCGAGGAUGCAGGAGAGGUGGCCUUCAUCAAGCACACAACCGUCCCGGACUUCACGGAUGGUAAAGGUCCCGCAUGGGCAUCAGGGCUGCAGUCAUCAGACUACGAGUUGCUGUGCCGUGAUGGGAACAGAGCUCCUAUAAGUGCCUGGAAUCGAUGCCAUUUGGUCCGCAUCCCAGCCCGUGGCAUCGUGGUCCGCAACGGCAUCGAGCCCUCAGUGGUCAGCAACAUGCUGCAGGAGGGGCUGAGGAAGGCAGACUUUGGAUUCUUCAGCUCAACGGGGUACGGCGGUGGAACUGUGCUCUUCUCUGAGUCGUCCACUCAGUUCCUGGCAGCAGAGUCGGCGGACCCCAAGGUGUGGAUGGGCACUGACUAUUACAACGCCCUGCGAGCCAUGGACUGCCAGCCCCAAGAGCUCCCGGCCUCUCUGCGGUGGUGUGUGUUGUCCAGCGGAGAGCAGCUCAAGUGUGCCGCCAUGGCCGAGGCCUUCAACUCCAAAACUCUGACUCCGACCAUCCAGUGCGUCCACGGAGACUCCGUCACCGACUGCAUGAAGAAAAUCCAGAACAAGGAGGCUGAUGCCAUCACUCUGGAUGGAGGAUACAUUUUCACAGCAGGCAAAGACUAUGGCCUCAUACCUGCUACUGGGGAGAGCUAUACUGAUAAGCUUGAUGGGUCCAUCUACUACGCGGUUGCCGUGGUGAAGAAGAGCAACACUGAGAUCCAUAACAUUGACGACCUGCGCGGCCGCCGCUCCUGUCACACCGGAGUGGGUCGCACCGCCGGCUGGAACGUUCCCGUAGCGAUGCUGAUCGAGAGAGGCCUGAUCACCCCCAAGAACUGCCAGAUACCCCAAGCGGUGGGGGAGUUCUUCAGGCAGAGCUGCGUGCCCGGCGCCAACCAGCCCGGUUACCCCAGCAACCUGUGCAGCCUGUGUGUGGGCGACAGUGCCGGGCAGAACAGAUGUGAGAAGGGAAAGGACCUGUUCGAUGGAUAUGAUGGUGCCUUCAGGUGUAUGGCCAAAGGUGAUGGUGAGGUGGCUUUCAUCAAACAUUCGACUGUUUUCCAAAACACUGAUGGUAACUCCACUGAGUCGUGGGCGGUGGAUCUCAAGUCCGCUGACUUCCAGCUGCUCUGCUCCACGGGCAGCAGGGCCGAGGUCACCCAGUACCAACAGUGCAACCUGGCCAGGGUGCCCUCCCACGCUGUGAUGGUGCGGCCCGGCACCAACAUCCACGCCGUCUACGGCCUGCUGGAUUACGCACAGAGGUAUUUUGGCAGUGAUACAGGUUCAGGUUUUAGGAUGUUCGACUCCUCACGCUUUGAAGGCUCAGAUCUCAUCUUCAAAGACUCCACGGUCCGCAUGGUGGGCGUGGCCGACAAGAAGACCUACGAGACGUGGCUGGGACAGGGCUACAUGGAUGCACUGGUCAACAUGCAGUGCAACUCAUCUGGGGCAGUGAUGUCGUCUGUGUGGCUGCUGUUGGUGGCGCUGCUCAGCUCCAUGGUGGCCAACAUCUGGGUGUAGAGCCACAGCAGGACCCUGGAGUCCAGCCCGCCUGCCACCUGAAGGCCCCGCUCCCAUCCCCUCCCCCCAUCCCGUGCCUCCCACCUUCCCUCCAUCUGUCCUCCUUCCCUUCCUCCACCAAUUAUCACACAGGAGUCAUUGUGCCUUUAUGCUUCCGUGUCAUUGUCCAAUCAGAUCGUCUAUUUCGUAGCCUCAGUCCAAUCCGGUUGAACCAAACUACUUAACCCCCUCCUUCCCUCCCCUUGCUGUUUUUUUGAUUGUCUCCAAUCGACUUUGUUUUGGAGGAUGGCAUGUUGAAACUGCCUUUGGAUUCAAAUGUUGCUGGGGUUUAAACCAAUGAGGCGCUCAAAGUCACUUGUAGCUAUGGCAACAGAGAGACCAGACAGGUGUUUGGUCCUCAGGGGCGGGACCGCGGGACAUUCAGCCAGCGAGAGUCACAGACGGAGAGGUUGUUGUUACAGAGGGUGAGCAGCCAUAUCAGUGCAUAUGCUGCCACCUGUUACAGUGUUUUAAUAGGCAGUGUCCCUCUGUCUCGCCAAGGUUACACACACGGGAACACAGAGGCUGAUUUUUUUAAAAGGACAAUUCACCCAUAAUCCAAAAAAAGAGACAUUGUCCCACAUGCCCCUAGUGUAAUCUCUCCAUCCUGUGUCCAAAUAGUUUCUGUGUGAUUUAGCAAGCUUGCUGUUCCACUGCAACCUUCCCCUAUCUCCCUUCACCCCAAUACAAUGUGGCUGGAUGGGUAUUUGUUUAUGGAGCUCAAAUCAUGAGAAACUUACAUUUACAACAGCAACAGCUCUUUCUAAAAACAUUAGCAUGGAUAAACACCAUAACCCACACAUCUAAGGGGGGGUAAACUUUAUUUAGGAGCUAUUUCCUACCCAAAACACUUUCUUUUAUCUUUCCUUUGGGAUGGAUUAAUACAGUUUGCUUGUGUUCUUCGGCAGGAUAUUGUUCCCAAUGAUACUUUUGAGAAAAAGUGUCGCUGUUGAGAUUUUCACACACAAAGUUUUGAUGGUUUGAGCGCCAUAAAUGGAUACCGAUCCAGUCCCAUUGUGUUGAGAUGAAGGGAGACAAGGAUGAGUGGCAGAGUACAGGAGAAACUACCUGGAUGGAGAGAUUACACUAGGGGUAACAGAGAAAUCUUUGUUUGUAUUUUGGUGCACUGUCCAUUUAACCUCACAUGAGUCACAGCUGAUGUUCUCCUUGUUGCUUCACCAUGAAGAAACCCUCAGCUCUGGAUCAGCCUCUGUUGCUGCAAAGCUCUCCAUGUUGUGCUGAUUUGAGGUCAGUGACAGCUGACAGCAGCUGACCCCAGAUCAGCUCUACCACACUGAAAGGCUUCUUGUUCCUGUGUUUACCUGACCUGUGAGCGCCGCUCUGCUCUGUUGCCACUGGCUCUGCUACUCUUGGUUUAUGCCGUGUUUGUAUUAUAAGCGAAUGCCAUAUCAGUGAAUAUGCACUAGUGCUGGCCUCCGUACUGAGCUGUGCUGGAGGAGAGACGUGACUGAGUGACUGUCCAUUGGCUGUCUGCUUCAUGUUUUCUAACCAAAAGCUGAAAUCAAGACAACACUUCUAAAAAUCUGCUCCCUCUCUCACUGCAUGAAGAAUGACACAUAUAAUAGCAUUUAUGUGGUAUAAUUCAUUGUAAUAUAAAGUAUAAUGGCGCCUGCUUGCAGCCGAUAUGCACUAUUUUUUAAGCUUAGGUUGUAUAAUUUUUUUCUACUGCUAAUCUGAAUGUUUUGGAUGGGAAUGGUUCUAGCAGCAGAUCGGUGUCACAGAUUCAAUCCCUUCUCACUCCGCUUAACGUUUGAUUUUAUUCAUCUGGGUGUAGAAACUGAGUGAGUGACACCGACAGACAGACGGGUCAGGUGCCAUCAGGUUAGAGCCAACAUGGAGGAAACAUCCUGUGGUCUCCGUUGGUCAGUGACUGAAUGAUUUAAGACAAACAUAAAGACAUAAAGACAGCUGGCUUUUGACAGCUGGUUGCAAUUCAGUUUGUGUUUAAGUCCAUUUUAAAUUUAAAAAAAUGAAAACUUUUGACAUGUGGACACCACAAAGAAAUAGCCUUUUCUAUUUGUAUUUUGGUUUGAUUGAGAAUUUAUUUUGGUUCAUAAUUGCGCUGAAUAUUUUACUAUUGCAGGAAUUUCAUCAAAAGCAAUUCAACACUGUAAUAUACUCAAAAUGAGAAAUACAUUCUCAUAUCCAGCAUCUAAAGAAAAUCUAUCCCAGACUAUCCAUGAGUGACACCCUCCAGUCCAGCGCCUGUCCUGUCUGCUCUGUGCUGCUGCUUCCUGUUUAAAAUGUUGUUGAUUGGAUGUGUAUUUCCUUUAUUGAGAGAUUUAUUUUUAUAUGAAGUUCAGGUGCCAUAUCAGUGUAUAUGUACUGACUCAUGCUGUCAGAAACUAAUGCUAAUACCUUCUCCUCCUCCUGAUAGAGGUUUAUUUCUGUAUGAAAUGAUAAAUAUGCGACUAAUAUUUAGUUGCCAGGCCAGUGCGUCUGCAGAAGUAUAGCUUCAUAAACCUGCCUAC